AUGUCAGCAGAAUAUCUAAAUACUAAUGUAGACCUUGAGUCUAAUGAAAAUGAGCACAGCUUUUUGAUGAAUGAUACUGUUCAUAGCUUCGCUUGGAAGGGUGUUACAGUAAAUGUCAAAGAUCGCCAAACGAAGAAAAGGAAAAGUAUCCUCUCGGAUACAUCUGGCUAUGUGAAUCAAGGAGAGCUCAUGGUCCUCAUGGGGCCUUCGGGGAGCGGCAAAACCACCUUGUUGAACGUCCUUGCCCAUCGAAACAGCAGUCUUGGGGCGGCGAGCGUCGAGGGGGAUAUCCUAGUAAACGGGAGAAAAGUGCCCCUAGAGACAUUCAGACGCAUCAGUACCUACGUUGAACAAGAAGAUGUCCUUAUUGGAUCUUUAACGGUGGAAGAGACACUGUAUUUCGCGGCCCAAUUGUCGCUUUCCAGCUCAAUUUCGAAAAAGGAGCGGUUACAUCGUAUUAAAAGCCUUCUAAACGCCUUUGGUAUCCAAAAUCAGGCUAAAACCUUGAUCGGAACUCCAAUUCAAAAGGGGAUCAGUGGCGGUCAGAAACGUCGUGUGAGCGUUGCGAGCCAGCUCAUCACUCGACCGAAAAUCUUGUUCUUGGACGAACCUACGAGCGGGUUAGAUUCUACUGCCAGCUUUGAGGUGAUGUCCUUCGUAAAAGAGCUUGCUGUUAAAAACAAGCUCAUUGUGAUCGCGAGCAUCCAUCAACCAUCGACGGCCACCUUCGAAACUUUUGACAAGCUUCUGAUCCUGUCGACUGGAAAAACAUGUUAUUUUGGGCCAGGGACUCAAAUGAAAUCUUACUUUGAUGGCGCUGGGUAUCUUAUGCCCCUACAAACAAAUCCUGCCGAAUUCGUUUUGGAUUUAGUGAGCACGGAUUUCGCGAAUAAUAGGGACGCCGCAUCCGAUCGGCUUGGCCAAAUUCAUAAUGUCUGGGCCAGGUCUCCAGAGGCCUCUCAGAUCGAUGCUGAGAUAGAGUCUCACAUGGGUAUGGCCGAGAAAUUCGAACACAUUUCGACUCCAAAAGGCGGGAAGGUUGGUUUCUUGAUGACUAUAUUGACUUUGCUUCAUCGGUCUUUCAUUAAGAGCUACCGGGAUGUUGUUGCCUAUGGUAUUCGCAUCGCCAUGUAUCUUGGGUUGGCUAUAAUGAUGGGGACUGUGUGGCUGCGUUUGGGUAGUCACCAGGAGAAUAUUCAGCCCUUUAUUAAUGCUCUUUUCUUCAGCUCAGCAUUUAUGUCAUUUAUGGCUGUUGCAUAUGUGCCCUCAUUCCUUGAAGAUAGGUCAACGUUCAUCAAAGAGAGGGCCAACGGACUCUACGGUGCGACAUCUUUUAUCAUUUCAAACUUCAUCAUCGGUGUUCCAUUUUUAUUCCUAAUCACACUGCUUUUCUCCAUUGUUGCCUAUUGGCUUGUGAACUUCCGCGAUGGUGCUGGCGCAUUCUUCACAUUUGUAAUGUGGCUUUUCCUUGACCUCCUUGCUGGAGAAUCUCUAGUGGUGCUUAUGGCCUCACUGUUCCCCAAUUUUGUCAUUGCUCUUGCUCUCACCGCCUUCGCCAACGGCCUUUGGAUGAGCGUUGGGGGAUUCCUUGUUUCCCCGACCAUCCUCAAUGUGUUUUGGAAGUACGUCUUCCAUUACAUUGACUACCAGGCGUACGUUUUCCAAGGGAUGAUGGUAAACGAGUUUUCGAAACGGACAUAUGAUUGCGCCUCAGGCUGUCAAUGCAUGUAUCCUAGUGAGCUAUCGGAUCAAUGUAAGAUCGCCGGAACGGGAGUGCUCAAUGCAUAUGGCUACAAGACUGGAAGAGAAGGGAAGUGGGUAGGCAUUCUGAUUGCGAUUAUCGCCGUUUAUCGGUUGUUUGGGUGGGCGAUGUUGAUGCUGAGGAAAAAAUAA